AUGGGGGAGCUCGUGCUGGCGAAGUUCGGGGGGCAAGCGGCGGUGAACAUCGCGGAGCUAAUUCAGGAGUGUGUGGACUCGAUCGGAAGUAUUGUGAGAGGCAUGAAGGAGAACACCCGUCACGCUUCUCAAUUGUUGGAGAUAGUGGAGGCAAUCGAGCCUCUCAUACGCGCCAUACAGAAGAAGGGCACCACACUGUCUAGUUCCGAGUCGCUACGCCAGCUGUUGGAGUCCGUGCAGGAAAUCCGAACCGUCUUGGACGAGUACGCGCGGACGUGUAUUGUCGCGCGCGCUUUGAAGAGGAAGAAGAUCGCCAAGAAGUUCGCAUGGCUCGGCAACAACCUCACCCAAAAGAUGCACGCCGUUCAGCUGGGCGACAUAGCGGACCGUUUGGACGAUGUAUUACCUUCACCGGCUGCCGCUGUGCCACGUGCACCCGCUGCCGGGACGAGCAUUGGAGCGCCGGCGAAGAACGUGGCGGACGUGCUGAAACAGGCACCGACGACUGUAGGAAAAUCCACCACAGUAGGAGCAGCGGCCGGUGGGGCAGGCGGGGCUUUGUUGGCAGUGGCUGGCGCGGAGACCUUGACCGCGGCGGCAAUCGCGAACGCUGCUUUGGCGGGAGCGGUUUGUGCGGGGAUCGGUGGUGUAGCAAUUGGAGUGGGGAUUGUAGCGUACCAAGCGAUGAAUUGUGCUCAGCCCAGCCAAAGGUCUUCCUGA